AUUUGGUUGCUUGCUUUAAAAAAAGAAGGUAAAAGUACCUGAACUUUGCUUUAAUUUAAUGAUUAACAAUCAGUAAAUGAGGCAGUCAGGACAAUCCAAGAAGUGAAAGAAAGCAAUAUAACUUGCUUGCUUAUAAGUAUGCCGGAAAAACCAAUUUGCAUUGCUGACUUUGAACAGUAUGCCAAGACAUUUCUUCGAAAAUCUGUGUAUGAUUAUUACAAGUCCGGGGCUGAUGAACAGCAAACAUUAGCUGAAAAUGUAGCUGCCUUUUCAAGAUUAAAAUUAUACCCCCGGAUGCUGAAGGAUGUGUCUUCCUUGGACCUGUCAACUUCAGUCUUGGGACAGAGAGUCAGCAUGCCAAUAUGUGUUGCAGCAACUGCCAUGCAGUGCAUGGCUCAUGAAGAUGGGGAAAUUGCUACUGUUAGAGCUUGCAGAUCGAUGGGGACAGGAAUGAUGUUGAGUUCAUGGGCCACAUCAUCAAUAGAAGAAGUUGCUCAAGCAGCCCCAGAGGCAGUUCGAUGGUUGCAGCUCUAUAUCUAUAAGGAUCGGGAGGUCACCAAAUCUUUGGUGCGGCGUGCAGAGAAAACUGGAUACAAAGGCAUCUUUGUGACUGUGGACACACCAUUUCUUGGGAAGCGCUUAGACGAUGUACGCAAUAAGUUUCAGCUCCCACCACAUCUCAGGAUGAAAAACUUUGAAACGAAUGAUUUGGCAUUUUCAUCUGAAAAAGGAUAUGGUGAAAACAGUGGCCUGUCUGUUUAUGUUGCGGAAGCCAUUGAUCCCUCAAUUAACUGGGAGGAUAUGAAGUGGCUCAGAGGACUGACUUCACUACCCAUUGUUGCUAAAGGGAUCAUCAGAGCGGAUGAUGCUAGAGAAGCAGUGAAGCAUGGUGUUAAUGGAAUUCUAGUGUCAAACCACGGUGCACGUCAGUUGGAUGGGGUUCCAGCUACUAUUGAGAUCCUACCUGAAAUAAUAGAAGCCGUGGAAGGAAAAAUUGAGGUAUUCCUUGAUGGUGGCAUACGAAAGGGCACAGAUGUCCUCAAGGCUCUUGCCAUUGGAGCUAAAGCUGUGUUCGUAGGAAGACCUAUCCUCUGGGGACUUGCCUAUCAGGGUGAGCAAGGUGUGAAGGAGGUUCUUCAGAUGUUGAAAGAAGAAUUCCACCUAGCAAUGGCUCUCUCUGGCUGUCAGAGUGUGGAAGCAAUAGACAGAACAUUGGUUCGGAGAGACCAGUGGGCUGCCUCCAAGAUGUAGAUGCGUUUUCUGCGUCACCUCAACCUGUCAAAUAGAUUGGUUAUCACUUGUCAGUUCUUACAACCCCCCCCCCCCCAAAAUCAGGGUUGGGGUGUGUGCGUGCAAAGUGAAAUUAAGCCUCCAAACUGGUUUUUAUCUGGUUCAAAAUGAAAAGCUCUUCUGCUUAAGCUAUGAAACUUAAGAUUCCUUUUACAAAUGUACCAAAUGUGUCAAGCUAUCGUUUUAACAUUGAGAGGAAAUGGGAUAAGAAGAUGUUAGAAAUAUUUAGACAGGUGAGUCAAUGUCCUUUCAUCCAUGUUUAGCCAUCCUAAGUGAUAAAAUAUGUUGCCCAAAUAAGAAGCUGAAUUGCUCCCAGUUAGGGUAUUAUACAAGUCGUCACUUUCCAAUGCUGUAAGUGUUCGGAUGGAAUGAGAUUUACUGAGCUGUACUUAUACAAAUAUUAGCAAUGCUGCUUUGAAGCUGUUGACUCACAUGACUGGGAGCACUUGAGCUUUUUAAAAAAGUAAGCCCAUGGUGGGAAAGCACAUUAUGUUGAAAGAACAGCUGAAAUCUGAAGUCCAAGGAUACCUCUUUGAUAUUGCCUGCAAUAUUUAAUCAUACUCUGGUUUCUGAACGUAGCAAUCUGGCAUCAUGGAUACCUUUGGCAGCGGAGUACUGGAAAAGAAAAUUAAGUUUACAGAGGUUGGACAGCUGAGGCAGUGGGAAAUAGAGGAGUGUAAAAUGGUUUUUAAAUUUGUGUACACACAGCUAUACAAACUGAUUAAACCAACUCAUGAAGUCAUCCUGGAA